AUGCCAUCCGCCUUCCGUGUUUUGAUGGUUGUGCUGGGUGGUGGUGGUGAUGGUGAUGGUGGUGGUGGUGGUGGUGGUGGUGGUGGUGGUGGUGGUGGUGGUGGUGGUGGUGGUGGUGGUGGUGGUGAUGGUGGUGGUGGUGGUGAUGGUGGUGGUGGUGAUGGUGGUGGUGGUGAUGGUGGUGUGGUGAUGCUGCUGCUGCUCGUUAGACCGACCUCUGGGCCAAACCUCUGGAUCCCUCUGGCCGUGCAGGAGGCCAAGCCCCUAGGCCGCCUGUCCAAGCGCGCUCGCCUGCUGUACUGGCUGGACAACCUCUUUGCCACGGAGCCCAACAGCAAGGCACACACGCUGCUGGCCAUCUGCAUGCUCCUGACCUGGCUGCUGUGGGCGGGGUGCUGCCCUCACACUGCUGGCGAUCUGCAUGUUGCUCACAGCAGUGGGUGGUGUGUGCUGUACAAGGCAGCAGCCGACGACCUGCCAUCUCCACCACAUGAAACCCCUUUCCCAUUUCUUCAAACCCCUUACAACCCCUUUCAACCCGUUUCGCCCCCCCUUUCUUCUCAACCCCUCCAGGCACUGACGCUGCUGGCCAUCUGCAUGCUGCUGACAGCAGUGGGCGGGGCCCUCACACUGCUGGCGAUCUGCAUGUUGCUGACUGCAGUGGGCGGGGUGCUGUACAAGGCAGCAGCCGUGGCGUCCAAUGACGACCUGCCACUUGGCGAGUCCGUGUGGGUGUCGUGGACGUUUGUGUCCAACCCCAGCGAGCACGUCAAUGAGGCCUCGGGGCCAAAGCGUGUGGUGAGCGCGGCGGUGUCGGUGGGGGGGAUGCUUUUCUUUGCGUUGCUGGUGGGUCUGGCAACGGAUCUGGUGGCGAGCAAGGUGGAUCAGCUGGAGCAGGGCAACGGGGCGGUCAUCGAGAGCAACCACACUCUCGUGUGUGGCUGGACCCCCAAGACCAUUCCCCUGGUGAAGGCGCUGGUGGAAGCGGGGGAGCGGCCGUCAGUGGUGGUUCUGGCAGAGAGGGAGAGUGUGGAUAUGGAUGGAGAAUUGCUGGAGGCUGUACCGGUUGAAGAGCGAGGAGGGAUGCGGGUCAUGACUCGUCGUGGUGACCCCUUGAAAGCAGCUGAUCUCAACCGCUGCUCUGCCUCCCAGGCCGCCUCCAUUGUCAUUCUCUCGCCGCAGCUACCGUCGCGUCAGCAGGCGGAUGCUCAGGUGCUGCAAACCGCCAUGGCUCUGGCCGUGCUUCCUGAAAUCCAGGGUGACGUGGUUGCUGAGCUGGCAUGCCCCGAGAACACAAUGCUGCUGGGGAAACUGCAUGCGAGUCUCAUGAUGCGAUUGAAUAAGGCCAGACAGAAGCACAUGCUGGGGUCAACAUCAUCUGAGGCUGCUCGCGUCGUCACCCAUGCGGGAUCAGCAGCAACAGCCAUCACCACAGCACCAUCUCCCUCUGAUGCCACUACCACCACUGCCACUGGUGCUACUGCUGCUGCCACGGGCACAACAGCCUCCUCCUCUAUCACCACCGCUGAAAGCACUGCAGCUGCUGCCUCUGCUACUACCAGCCACGCUUCGCCGGCCGGCCAAGCCAGGACCGCCUCGCGUGGUUCGUCCUCUUCUGCGGGGCAGAGGCGGCGCAAGCUGGUGCCUGUGGAGACGGGCGGCAUGGCCCUGAGAGGGCUGGUGGACCUGGCGCUACAGCCGGCCAGCCAUGCUGUGAUGGCUGAGCUGCUGGGGUUUCAGGGGGCGGAAUUUCACUUCAAAGAAUGGAAGGAGCUGGAGGGUCGCACCUUUGCAGAGGCGGUGUUUAUGUUUGAGGACGCCGUGCCGUGCGGCGUGCAGCAGAUGGUUGGCACGGAGGAUGAGCGGACUAUCAUUAACCCACCUGGUGACACCGUGAUUGAGCCCGGGGACCGUUUGCUGGUCAUCGCUGAGUCAGCAGACAGCUACGCGCCACGUAAGCCGACCGCUGAGUCAGCAAAGGAGCGCGAGCUGGCGGAGAAGCGGCUGGCGUCGUUCGCGACGCCGUGGCACUACGACAGCCUGCCACGUGGCAACGUGAGGCGCCGCCACAACGUGCUGAUUGCGGGCGAGUGGAGGGAUGACGUGGCCGAGGCUCUCCUGCUUCUCAGUUCCAAGCUGGCUCCCCGCAGUCAGGUGGCAGUGAUGGUCGCCUCUCCAUCCCUCUCAGCGGCACAGCAGCGCCUCAACCCCUUUAUCAAAUCAGGCAGCCUCAACCUCAACCUCUCGCUCUACCACGGGCACCUGGGCUCAAUGGCCGAUCUGGAGAGGGUUCCUCUAGAGGCCUUUGAUACUGUCAUCGUGCUCGCCCCUCGCUCUCACCACGCCUCACCCACCGACCAGCCGCAGACGCGGGACGACGAGGGGGGAGCGGAGCGAGGGGAGGGUGGUGCUAGUGGUGGGGGUGAGGGGGGCGAGGGGGUGCUCAUGCCGUCUGCUUCUGUCACUGCUAUGAUGAUUCGGACGAUUCAGCGGGAGCGGGGACAGGCGGGAGCAACAGUGCUUGCAGAGAGUGAUUUUGCGGUGGAGGGGAGGGGAGAGGGAGGGGAGGAGGGCGGGGGAGAGGGGGAGGGGGAAGGGGAGGGAGGGACGGCGGCAGCGGCGGCGGCAGUGGAAGGGGAUAUAGUGAAGGAGGUGCAGGGGAGGUGGCUGACUGACAGUAUUGAUACGAAUGCAGUGCACGCGAGGAUUUUGGCUCAAACUGCCAUGGACCCAGAUGUCGGCGGCGUAUUGGACGAGAUCGUGAGCGGGGCAGGUUCAUCGCUCUCUUUGGAGGAUGCCACUUCUUUCCUUGUGGACGGCGAAGCCCUCUCCUUCUUCGACCUGCAGGGGAUUGCCAGCAGUGGGACGGGGGCGCUCAUUCCUCUCCUUGCUCUCUCUCCUCCUUUAUUUCCUCUUCUCACUAUCUCCUGCCAGGCCAUUCUUUUGUUGGGAGGGAAUCGCUAUCGGGAACGACUGGCAGGGAGAUUCGCUGCCCUGUUGGCUAGCCCUGAGACAGGGAGUUCAAGUUGUGUCAGCAGCAACCACAGCGGUAACACAGGGGUGACUCAGGAUAAAAGCACCGGCAGAAGAGAUAUUGCUUGCAGCAGCAGCGGCAGCGGCAGCGGCAGCAGCAGCAGCAGUGCUGCUAGCAGCCUUGCGUUUGAUCCCAUCUUCACCUCUUCUCCCAAGCCUCUAGCCAACGGCACGCUCGACCCCCUCCCUCCCGCUCACGCCGCAGCAUCCGGGAAGCUUCCGGUGUUCAUCUCGUCGGGGAACGACGACGCUGCUGACGUCAUGAUGCGGGAGGGAGUGGCUGCCGGACGGUUACGGGUGGAUAACCACGCGUUGGACACGGUUACCAACUUCACGGAAAUGUUACGCACGUUUCAACGGCUGAAAAUCACGCAUGUGCUGGUGGUUACGUCGGAUUAUCACAUGCCGCGCGCGGCUAUGAUGGCCAGAAUUGUGCUUCAAACGCAUGGGAUUGCGUUCUCUACAGUCACGCUUCCGAGUAGACCAGAAAUCUGCAAGAAAGGAGGGGCAAGCGCAACAACAGUCAAGGAUGGGGCAAGGGACAGAAGCGCCGAACCCGUGGCCACCGCGCCGGGCCAGGCUCCGGAAUUCUCGCUGAUGCGAUCCGACGUGGCGGCCAACGCGUCGUUUGCUUACGCGGCAAUCCUGUACAUGGGCACGCCACGUGACUACGAGUAUUACGUGGCGACACGUGUCAUGCUGCAGACCGUUCGACGCACGGGGACCGUCGCGGAUCUCGUCGUGCUGGCAUCUGAGGACGUGCCUGCCACGUGGACCAAUACGCUCAAGAAGGAGGGCGUGCGGGUGGUGCGGGUGAGCAACAUCCCCAACCCUUACCGGGGCAGUGCUGCCUUCAACCCGCGCUUCCCCUUCGCCCUCAACAAGCUGCUCGUAUGGCGGCUGAGGGAGUACUCCAAGGAGGGCGUGCGGGUGGUGCUGAGCAACAUGCCUGUCUUCAACCGCGCUUGUGUCAAGAAGGAAGGGGUGCGGGUGGUGGUGCGAGUCGGCAACAUUCCCAACCCCUACCGCACCACUCCCUCUUUCAACCCUUUUGAGUCGACUCAAAAGUCUGCGAGCGCCUCAAAAGUUCAACCCGCGCUUCCCCUUCGCCCUCAACAAUCUGCUCGCGUGGCGCCUGAGGGAGUACAAGCGAGUCGUGCUGCUAGUGGUAACACCCCUCUUCCCCCGUCCCUCCUCUCUCCCUCUCCUCAUCUCCCCCUGUUCAACAGCAAGAAGGAGGGUGUGCGGGUGGUGCGUGUGAGCAACAUCCCCAACCCCUACCGCAGCACUGCUGCCUUCAACCCGCGCUUCCCCUUUGCCCUCAACAAGCUGCUCGCAUGGCGGCUGAGGGAGUACAAGCGGGUGGUUCUGCUGGACGCUGAUAACCUUGUGAUGAAGAAUAUCGACGAGCUGUUCCAGUGUGGCAGCAUGUGUGCCGUCUUUAUUGACCCGUGCAUCUUCCAUACCGGGCUCAUUGUGCUUAAGCCGUCAGUGAAGGUGUUUAAGGACAUGAUGCAGCAGCUGCGGUCGCUCCCGUCACACGAUGCAGCGGACCAGGGCUUCCUCAACCGCUACUUCCCCACGCUGCUCGCCUCCCCGCUCUUCGUGCCUCCCACCGAUGGCUCGGCGCUCAAAGGGCAGUUCAGGCUGCCCAUGGGGUACCAGAUGGACGCCAUCUUCUACAAUCUCAAGUUCAGGUGGGAGGUGCCUUGCUCCGACAACAAGAUCAUCACCUUCCCCGGAAUCGCGCACUUAAAGCCCUGGUUCUGGUGGUCCUACCCUCUCCUCGCCCUCUCCCUGCACUGGCACUCCUGGCGCCUCUCCACCAUGGGCUACUCCUCCCACCUCCCCGCCUGCCUCUCGGCCGGCGUCUUUUGGCUCGUAGUGCUCGCGCUCAGCCACGUCAUCGCCCGGGCGGCAGCCGACCCAUCCUCGAUCCUCUACCGCCUCACCCGUGGAUACAGACACGUCGGCGCCGCCCCUGUUGUCUCAGGGAUUGGGGGCAGCGCAGCGGGAGGGGGAGCGGGAGGAGGAGGAGGGGGAGUCGGGUCCACUUCUCCUUAUUCUCGCCUAGGAGCGUUGGGGACAGGGUUGGGAACGCCAGGAGGGGGGUCGAAUGGGGGUGUAGGUGGAGGGGGGGCAACGACAGGCGCAGGAGCAGCUGCAGCUGCUGCUGCUGCUGGGGGAGUAUCAGUACACCCGUUUCUCGGCUGGUUGCUCUUCACGUUCGGCACCUUUUCCGGACUGUCGCUAGUUAAAGCCCUGGUUGGCGCCACAGCAGCGAUUUUCUGGCUGCUACAGUACCUGGUGGUGGCGCUUAUCGUCUUGGGAUUGCCGGUUUACUCUGCUUUGGCAUUUAAACUGUGUGCGAUGCACCUGCUUGCGCUUGGAGCAGGAGCGGUGCUGGUGGUGCAGGUGCAAGCGCUGCAGUUUGGGUUUCUCACUGGUGCUGGUUUGGCCCCAAGGCCUACUAGCUCAAAUGCCUCUCGAACCACCCUGAUUGGUGGAAACACAAGCCGCGUUUCCGCGCACCUGCGCGAUGGCAGUGAUGGCGCAGGCGAGAACGGAAGGACAGGCGGAAGGCGGAAGCCGGUUGGCGCAAGGACAGGUCGCAUUGGCGGAAGGUCGACUGGCGGAAGGGCGACCGGGGGAAGGGUCAUGGGCGCAAGGGGGGACGCUUUGACGGUGGAGUUUGGGGAAGGGCGGAGUGUUGUGCUGGAGGGAGGAAGGCGAUUGGCGGAGGUGGGGACGUGGGGAAUCGGCGGUCCUGCUGAGUGGCUGGCGGAGGUGACGACCGUUGAUGAGAUGGCGGCGGUACUUAGAAACAGCAAAGCUAUUUGCGCGGUAGUGACAGGCGAGGGCGCCAACUGCCUGUUUCUCAGUCAGGACUUCCCCCCACACAUUCGCGCACUGUGUUCCUGUGCCUCCUCCCCUUCCCCCAUCAAGCGCAGGUUCUGCCACAGCAACGCCAUCCGCGCGCUGGUGAUAGGCAAGGGCUCCAACUGCCUGUUCUGCCACAGCAACGCCAUCCGCGCGCUGGUGAUAGGCAAGGGCUCCAACUGCCUGUUCUGCCACAGCAACGCCAUCCGCGCGCUGGUGAUAGGCAAGGGCUCCAACUGCCUGUUCUGCCACAGCAACGCCAUCCGCGCGCUGGUGAUAGGCAAGGGCUCCAACUGCCUGUUCUGCCACAGCAACGCCAUCCGCGCGCUGGUGAUAGGCAAGGGCUCCAACUGCCUGUUCUGCCACAGCAACGCCAUCCGCGCGCUGGUGAUAGGCAAGGGCUCCAACUGCCUGUUCUGCCACAGCAACGCCAUCCGCGCGCUGGUGAUAGGCAAGGGCUCCAACUGCCUGUUCUGCCACAGCAACGCCAUCCGCGCGCUGGUGAUAGGCAAGGGCUCCAACUGCCUGUUCUGCCACAGCAACGCCAUCCGCGCGCUGGUGAUAGGCAAGGGCUCCAACUGCCUGUUCUGCCACAGCAACAGCAUCCGUGCGGUGGUGAUAGGCAAGGGCUCCAACUGCCUGUUUGAGGACCGCGGGUUCAAGGGGUGUGUGAUCGUCAACAGAAUCGCGUACAAGCGAGUGGAUAGAGUGGACUGUCAUGGUGCUGAGGGGUACGAUGCGGUGGUGCAGGUGGGGGGAGGGUACCCGUUCAACCUGCUGGGCGUGGAGUGCUCGCGAGACGGCCUCUCAGGGCUGGAGUUUGCAGGCGGCAUUCCCGGCACCGUGGGGGGCGCUGUCUUCAUGAACGCUGGGGCGGACGGGCAGGAAACAGCCGACUGUCUGCUCUCUGUGGACGUCCUCUCGUCAACUGGGGAUCUCCUCUCCUUCCCUCGCACCGACCUCACUUUCGCCUACCGCCACUCGCCCUUCCAGCGCAUGCCGGACUGUGCUGCCAUAGUGGGAGCAACUUUCGGGCUGAAAAGGAGCAGUGAGGCGCGGGACAGGCAAAGACGAUACAUGGACAGGCGGCGACAGUCUCAGCCCAUUGCUGAUCGCUCUGUUGGGUGCAUAUUCCGCAACCCUGCACCUCCCCUUGGUUCUGCUCCCUGCUCUAUCUCUUCUCCUCCUGUGGGUUCCUCACCUCCAGCCGGUUUAGCAGCAGCUGGUGCUUCCGCAGUUACUCUCCCUGCAUCUGCAGGUGCUCUAAUAGACCGGGCUGGGUUGAAAGGCCUGCAUGUUGGAGAUGCUUUUGUGUCGCCCAUGCAUGCUAAUUUUCUGGUGAAUGGUGGGGCGUGCAGUAGCGAGGAUAUGGAAGGGCUGAUUGUGGAGGUGAAAAGGAGGGUGAGAGAGGAAUUCGGGGUGGAACUUGUAGAAGAGGCCCCUCCCUCGUCCACUGAAGACGAGUCAGCCCCGGCUUCGCAACAAUCUACAAGCCUCCCAUCAUCAUUCACCGAAGCGAAGACUUCUCUUCUCGACGCUCUUAAAGCCGCAGUUAAGCCAGCACUCGCCGCGCUCCUAAUUUCCGCCGUCCUCGCCGCCGGCGCUCCGGACGCCGCACUCGCCGCGAUGGGCGGCGGAAGAAUCGGCGGAAGCGGCUUCGGCGCCUCCCGCAUGCGCUCCUACGCCCCACCCCCCUCCGCGCCCCGCGGCGGCGGAUACUCCUACAACGCUCCCCCCGUGAUCGUCGGCCCGUCCGUCCCGUUCUUCGCGCCGUCCCCGUUCUUCUUCUUCGGCCCUUCCAUCGCCUACGGCGGCGGCGGCGGCGGCGGGAUCUUUAAUCUCCUCGUUAUCGGGAUCGUAAUCUGGUUCGUGUCGCAGUCAGUUAUGGGGUUUCUGAGCUCCGCGCAGGAGGAGGGAGUGUGGCAGGAGACGCAGCGCAGCAGCGUGGUGAGGCUGCAGGUUGGGUUGCUAGGCUCUGCGAGGCGCCUGCAACGGGAUCUGGACCGGAUCGCGGAUCGCGCGGAUGCGAGCUCACCCGAGGGCCUUCAUUACAUCCUGCAAGAGACGGUGCUCGCGCUGCUGCGCAAUCCGGACUAUUGCAUCUACGGCUUCUCUUCUUCAGAGGUGAACAACGACUCAUAUGCGGGAGAGGCAGCUUUCAACCGCAUGAGCAUGGAGGAGCGGAGCAAGUUCAAGGAGGAGACACUGGUCAACGUGGACGGCAUCAGGCGGCGAAUCACGCGCAAGCCCAGCCAGGACCGCAUGAACUCCGAAUACAUUGUGGUGACAGUGCUGGCAGCAGCGGAGGGAACGUUUCGGCUACCGGAAAUAAAAUCUUCGAGUGAUUUGAGGGAAGCCCUGACUCGCCUCGGCUCUGUCCCUGCUGAUGAGCUUCAGGCUGUUGAAGUGCUCUGGACACCUCAAGAUGACGAGGACACUCUCACAGAGCGCGACCUGCUUGUUGACUUCCCUCGCCUGCGGCCGCUGUGA